CUGGUGUCUCACAUCGAGUUAUGGAGAUCAAGUGAUAGUUCUGGGCCCCAGACGAUGGACCACAGUCGUUCGACCUGACGGCUCCCUGGACGGACAUGUACAAUGAUUGAUCUGCCGUUUCAAUGUUAUAUCAUUCAUACGCGUGGCCGUCCAGCUGGGUUCAUUUCUUUUCUUUUCUCCACAACAGAGACAAAAUCUUGUACAUUGACUAAUUGCAAAAAAAAUAACCAUGGGGCUCGUCCGCUCAUUUCAAGAGAACCCUUAUGCGCAGGCCGUCGUGGCCUCGCCCUUCAUUUCCCUCGUUUCCACGUUCGUUCUAACAUGCCUCAUCACGAGAAUCGUCACUGGCCUCCGGAGCACAAUCGCUCAGAACAACACGGAGGCAGAUAAGAAAACCCCCAACAGGAUUGCGUACUGGGUUCCCUUCGUGGGGUCUGCGAUCUCCUUCGCCCGGGACAUUGAAGGCACCAUUUCGAAAGACCGCGACCUCAGCGGCGAUGGCAUCUUCUCCUACCGGCUUGGCCCGUCCAUCUACUACGUCGUCAACAUGCCGUCGCUGGUCCAGCAGAUCUUCGCGCAGCGCGGCACCGUGCUCAACAAGCAGAAGAUCCUCGAGUGGUUCAUGAAGACGACGUUCGAAGACAACUACGCGACGCGGGACGAGCACAAGGCGUUCCACGGCCACCACAACGCGCUCAACCUCAUGCUCAAGGAGGACUUCAUCAACGAGGCGACCGGCAAGACGGCCCGCACCGUCGAGGUCGAGGCCGCGCGGUUCGUGACGUCCGCGCCCUGGGCGACCCCCGACGCGGAGGGGAAGCCGAUGCAGUUGUGGGAGGAGGCCGGGAAGGUCAAGUUCAACACUGAUGGUUCGUUCGACGCGAAUCUCUACCAGCUCACUGUCCACUACAUGGGGCAGAUCGUCAUCGACAUGCUGUGGGGUAAAGCGCUCAUCAAGAACCACCCGAAUCUCCAGACCGACAUGUGGGACUUCGACGAGGGCGUCCACCACAUCGUGACGACGCUGCUCGCGAAGGUCACCGCCGCCGGCCGCAAAGCCGUCGCGGCGCGCAACCGCCUCGCCGUCGCCAUGAAGGAGUGGCACGAGGCCGUCGCCGUCAAGCAGUCCGGCGAGAAGCCCGACGCCAAAUGGGGCGCGCUCGACGACAUCUCGCAGAUCAUGCAGGACCGCGUGAAGGUGUGGGUCGACGCGAAGGCGUCCGAGACGCUGCAGAAGACAAACGACACUUCCGUCCUCUGGGGCGUCAACGUGAAUUCUAACAAGAACGUCUUCUGGAUGCUGCUGCAGAUCCACACGAAGCCGGAGUUGCUGGCGCGGAUCCGCGAGGAGGUCGCGCCGUAUGUGCAUCUCUCGAAGUCGGGCGCAAAGGGGCCGGACGGUCUGCCGAAACUCGAUAUCGAUGUCGAUGGGCUCAUGAAGCACUGUCCGCUGCUCAGGGCUGCGUUCUAUGAGACGAUGCGGAUGAACAUGUCUGGGCUGGGUAUCAGGCAGGUGAUCAAGGACCUCACGCUCAAGGAGUCUGCGGCGGAUGCUGCAAUGUUCGGGAAGAGGAAGCCGCAGUCGUAUACGAUUCCCGCGGGCACGACGCUGGUCCUCGCGAACGGUACGAUGCAGAUGGAUCAGCGGAUCUUUGCUGAGCCCGAGAAGUUCAAGCCGGAGAGGUUCAUCGAGGAGGGCCCGGAUGGUGCUCCCAGGGUCAAUAUGAAGAAUUUGCAUACGUUUGGAGGUGGUAUGUACAAGUGCAAGGGACGGUACUUUGCGGAGAAGGAGAUCAUGAUUUUCUCGUCCAGUCUGCUGGUUAUGUGGGACAUUGCUCCUGCUGAGGGCGACGAGCUCGUUAUUCCUAAGAUGGGAUUCGCCGGUGCUUCGAGAUCGCCUGUCGAGGAUAUCCGCGUGCGAUUGACCAGGCGGUACGAGUAGGUGAAGAAAGAGAAUGAGUGGAGGAGUUAUGACAUGUAAAUAUUUGUAUCUAGAGACUCUUCUUUUCUUUUCUGUACAUACAUAUCACACAAACUCUUGAUUGAUUUCAAGCAUGGCGUAGUUAUUCUUUACCUUCUCUGUCCAUACUUACUACUUUUAUCAGAUUUCAAUCCACUUUAGAUUCUGUUUCACUUGAGGUGAUAUUCCAUCUCAGCA